UAAUCAUUAUAACCUCUGCUCACAUUUUCCCAAUCCGAAGCUCUCUUGCGGAGAUUCUAAGAACUCACUACGCUGCAUCUCGAUUUUUACUUCAGUUUCGUCCAUUUGUUUUAACGGUCAAUUUAGGCAAGAACCAAAUAGGAAAGGACUUGGAAAUUAGCUGCCGGAGGUAAAUGGGUUGUUGGAUAUGUUGAGGACAGAAAUCAGGAACAGAUUCCAUAUCCAAGUCAAUAAAAAUGACUAAUGAUGGAAGAUUUGUGAAUUGUGAUGAGCAAAUAUUUUGAUUAAGUCAAGACUCAAGAGCCUUCUAUCCAAUCGCAAGCCCUUCAUUUGUUGACGUUAACCAGCUUCAUCUCAGUUUUUCAUAGGUAAAUUAUGCGGUAAUGGGGAAAAUAAUAUUUUUAUCGAUUGUGAUUCAGCAAUCUUUCACCAUAAAAGGGGUCUUUCCGCUUUCCAUUCCACCAUCUGGAAGGAGUUUGAGGAGUUUCCUACUUUUACUAGUUAUGGAUUCCAUUCAUAGCCAGGGAGCAAAUGAAUUGUUGCAAGCUCAAGUUCAUUUGUAUAAUCACAUGUUUAACUACAUAAAUUCUAUGUUACUUAAGUGUGCAGUUCAGCUAGGCAUACCAGAUAUAAUCCACAACCAUGGCAAACCCAUCACUCUUCCUGAGCUAGUCUCAGCACUUCACAUCCACCCAACAAAAAUCAGUUGCGUGUAUCAGUUCAUGCGCAUGCUGGUGUUCUCUGGCUUCUUUUCUACUACCAAAGCUCCUAACGGUCAAGAAGAAGGACAAGAAGCUUAUGUUCUAACACCAUCUUCUAAGCUACUUGUCAAGGAUAACCCCAAUUGCUUGGCACCCUUUGUUAAUUCAUUGCUUAAGCCAGAUUUUUUAACUCCAGGACAUUCCUUGGGUGAUUGGUUUCGAGGCGACGAGGUCACAGUGUUUGAGAAAGCACAUGGAAUGGCAUUUUGGGAAUACAAUGACAGAAACCCUGAAUUUAACAAGCUUUUUAAUGAAGCUAUGGCCAGUGAUUCUCAGAUGCUGAACUUGGUCAUUAGAGACUGCAAGCCAAUUUUUGAAGGGGGGAAUUCACUUGUUGAUGUGGGAGGUGGCAAUGGAUCGCUUGCCAGGAUCAUAUCUGAGGGAUUCCCUCAUAUGAAAUGCACUGUACUUGAAAUUCCUCAGGUCGUUGCCAACUUAGAAGGCACCAAGAACUUGAAUUAUGUUGGAGGUGAUAUGUUUCAACACAUCCCUUCUGCUGAUGUCAUCAUACUUAAGUUGAUUUUGCACGGUUGGAGUGAUGAGGAAUGCCUGAAAAUACUGAAGAAAUGCAAAGAAGCCAUUUCCAGCAAAGGGGAGGGAGGAAAGGUGAUUGUCAUAGACUUGGUGAUAAAUGAGAAGAAAGAUGAACGUGAAUUAACAGAAACAAAGCUCCUUUUUGACAUGCUGAUGAUGUACCUGACAACCGGAAGAGAGAGAUCUGAGAAAGAAUGGGAAGGGUUAUUCUUGAAGGCAGGUUUCAGUCACUACAAGAUAACACCUUUGCUUGGUUUAAGGUCCCUAAUUGAGGUUUAUCCUUAAAGAGAGUGAAGAAAACCAUGUAUUGCAAUCUUGAUAUGAUUGUUGAAUAAAUUUUAUCCCCUACAUAAUAAGGCAAAGCAUGGCUAUGAUAUAAGGCAAGGUGCUGAACUUGUAUGGUUCUUGAAUUUUUUUUUCCCCCAAGUAAUUUAGAAUGAAAUAUUAGUAUAAUUGGAAGUUCACUAGUGUUGCUUUUUCAAUGUCUUGUAGAAUAUCUAAUUAUCAAUGGCUUUUGGUCUAGAA